CAGCUCUGUUGCACGGGAUCACUCUCCAAGCGUCUACACUAUACCCGUCCAAAGUGUCAGCGCUGUACCGAAACACAGUUGGUAACAAGAAGAAGCCAUGGUCCCAGCGUUCUCGUGCGCGCCCAGUGGAUUUCUGCUGGGCUACAUAUAUGUGAUGUGCAUACUAUCUUUCUCAAAUACCCCUUCGAACUCGUAUUACGAUGCUGGAAACCUAAAAGAGGAGUACGACUUCAUCGUGGUUGGCAGCGGGUCAGCAGGAAGCGUAGUGGCCAACAGACUGAGUGCAGUUCCUGACGUAUCGGUAUUGCUCAUUGAGGCUGGAAACGCUCCAGAUGCGGAAACAGAUGUGCCUCUCCUAUUCAGUCUCCAGAUUGGAGGGAAGUACGACUGGAACUACAAGACGGUUCCGCAAACGGAUGCCUGCCUUGGAAUGGUCGAACACAGGAGCACGUGGAACAGAGGAAAAGCGCUUGGUGGCACGAGCGUUAUUAAUGGCAUGAUGUUCGUGCGUGGCAAUAGACUAGAUUUCGACAACUGGGCCGCAAGCGGUGCUACAGGAUGGACCUACGACGAAGUACUUCCAUACUUCAAGAGCAUCGAGACCUUUACAAUCCCUGAAUACGCAGAUAAUGGUUACCAUGGUGACAAAGGAGAGCUGACGAUUGGCUAUGCACCAUCGAUGUCGCUCUCUGGUCAAGCGUUUUUAGACGCGUGCAAGGAACUGGGAUAUGAUGAAAUUGACUACAACGGUCCCACGCAGUCCGGCUGUUCGAGAGUCCAAUUCAACAUCAAGGCCGGACGUAGAGAAAGUUCGAGCAAGGCGUUCCUUUCCCGCAUAAUUAAGCAGCGUCCUAACUUGCAUAUUACAUUGGGCAGCACAGCUACUAAGAUACAGUUCGAUGGAACACAUGCGGUCGGCGUUCAUUUCGAAAAGCAUGGGACCUCUCAUUUCAUCCGCGCCGCAAGAGAAGUGAUCCUUUCAGCUGGCGCCAUUGCAUCUCCUCAGCUGCUCAUGUUAUCCGGAGUGGGACCAAAAACCCAUCUCCAGGAACUUGGGAUUCCAGUGGUAGCAGACCUUCCCGUUGGACAAAAUCUUCAGGACCACAUGUUUAUUGGUGGAAUAGCUGCAACCUUGGAGAAUAACGCUCUGAUCCAAGAUCCAGGUGUCGACGCCUACACAGACUACUGUUUGCACGGAAAUGGUCCUCUUGCCAUACCAGCAGGCAUCGAAGCCCUUUCAAUGCUGAGCACGUCAUUUGUGAACACUAGCACGGAGAGUCCCGAUGUGGAACUCAUAUUCUUUGGAGUAUCUCCAUCAGCACCAGAUGGUGAAACGUACUUGAAAAAUGCUGGCUACAAGAAUGAGGUGUACGAAAAGUACCUUAUGCCAAACAGGGAAAGAUAUGCCGUUCAAAUCCUACCAUGCUUGAACAAGCUCAAGUCAAGGGGCGAAAUUAAACUGAAAAGUACCAACCCUCACGAGCAUCCACUCAUCGACCCGAAGUACUUCUCGCAUCCAGAGGACAUUCUUGUAGCCAUUGAAGCUGUGAAGAAAACAUUGGAGGUCAUAGACACUAACGCCAUGAAGGCACUUGGAGCAAAACGAUGGGACAUUUCCUUCCCUGGCUGCGAAGACAAGGUUCUUUAUAGUGACGAAUACCUCGAGUGCCUGAUACGUCAUCUGACCCACACCGUGUGGCAUUACAGUGGCACUUGCGCCAUGGGUUCAGAUAAUACUUCAGUGGUGGACGCUCGGCUUAGAGUUCGAGGAGGUGUGACAAACCUGAGGGUCAUCGAUGCGUCUAUAAUGCCCGUGGUGACUACAGGAAAUACUAACGCUCCAACGAUGAUGAUUGGCGCCAAAGGUGCUGCUAUGGCCCUGGAAGACAAUGGCCUAACUGUCGAGGUUGAGUAGGCGAAGGUGAUGUGGUGGGUUACUGCAAAAUAAAGAGCUUAGAACUGUAACAUCGAGACUACGUGCCGCUCGUAGCCUCUCAGAUACUACAGCAUGAGCCUAGCUCGGAGCUCUUUUCGGUGACAGCCCUCGACACAUUGUCAGCGUAUCGCGUUCUACAAAGUUUCGAACUGUAUUCACUAACGUAAACGUAACGUGGUAACGUAAUUAGCACAUGGCGCAGAUAAACCGGUCCCUUCCAAAUUUACUCGGUAUUAUUCUCCACCGCUAAUCUUCCCAAUAGAUAAUAAUAGAGGUCCAAUAUUGGGCCGACGUUGCCAAUAUUGGACCGAUAUUGGGCCAAGAUGUUAUGCUGCUUGGGUCUGUGUCGUCCCGAGUUGGUCCCUGCCUAGUAUGCAGUGGGCUUACAUUGCCGUAACCAGUGAGACGGCUAAUACGGAUGCGAAUAUAGAGACACAACGGAGCAACACUGACAAAAACAAAUACACUUGUACGUGGAAAAUAAAUGAGCUGUUUCAUGCAUCUUCCCUAAAUCCAUUUUUUACCAGCAUGUUACUUUCAUGCUGAUUGCGUGUCAUGUACAUGUAUAUAUUGGUGACGUAAAAUAAAAUAAAAAUACAGAGAAUA